AUGAACCUGCAGGAUUGUAGAUUGCAAAAAAUCUGCCGUAUGGUGGUUCCGAAGGAAUUCCGUGAAUUACUUCCACCUAGCCCGGUAUGGCUCACCCUUUCUUGCAAGAACAAGACAUGGGAGGUGAGAUACUGCGGGGACCGUUACUUGAAGCGAUUCGAGACUGGAUGGAAGAGGUUUGCCAUUGAGAACAAUCUAGAGAUUGGAGAUGGGUGCGUGUUCGAGCUGAUGGACAAUGAGAACUUGAACUUUGGAGUUAGAGUUCUCAAAGGGGAAAUUCCAUCUCUGGUUAGGAACAUCGAAGAUGGUCGGAGCUCCGACAGCCCCAUCAUGAUCGACUGA